UCAAAGAAGGCUCUCUCAGAUGUUUUUUCGUAGAAGUCCACAACCUUUGUGUUAUGUUACAUCAGAGCUACUUCAUUUUUUCCUUAAAAGAUCUUGGUACUAGUAAUUGCAAGUUGCAACCCUGUUAUAGUGCAUGGAGAUAUGGGAUGUAGAAAAGCACUGGAGUAUGCAUAAUUAUUCUGGUGUUGAAGUUCUGAGAGGGGCAUUUUCCAAGUUUGCCGUGAGUGACUAACUAUCUUGCAUCAUUUCUCAGUAACCGACAUCUCUCCUUGCUGAUGGCUUUGGGAGUGUUCGGUUCAGUUCUAGUUCUGACACUCUUCUUCAAGCACUUAUCAUCCCAGCAACCAAACACUGAUGAUUUCUUUGUGUCUGAGUUCUUGAAGAAGAUGGACUUAGCAUCCUCCCAGGUUUACAACUUUUCUGCUUCUGUCUGUUCAUUUCAAGGAGUUUCAUGUGAUGCCAAGAAAGAACAUGUUAUUGGGUUAGUCUUUUCUGGCAUGAAACUUUCUGGUCCUAUUCCACACACCACCAUAGGUAAGCUCACAAAGCUUCGAUCUUUGGACCUUAGUCACAACAAAAUCACUGACUUGCCUCCUGAUUUCUGGAGUUUUAGCAUGCUCAAGAACCUUAACCUCUCCGGCAAUCAGAUUUCUGGUUCAUUGACUAACAACAUAGGAAACUUUGGUUUGCUGGAAGUGUUGGACUUGUCCAACAACAAUUUCUCUGGGCAAAUUCCUGAAGCUAUUAGUUCCCUCAUGAGUCUGAAAGUCAUCAAACUUGACCACAACUGGUUUGAGCAAAGAAUCCCUUCUGGGAUUCUUAAGUGUCGUUCUCUUGUUUCAAUUGAUCUUUCUUCAAAUCAGCUAAGUGGGACAGUUCCUGAUGAUUUUGGUGCUGCUUUUCCUAAUCUCACUACCUUGAACCUUGCUGGGAAUAGUAUUAAUGGCAGUGAUUCUGAUAUUUCUGGGUUGAAAUCCAUUGUGAGUCUCAACAUAUCUGGAAAUUCCUUUCAGGGUUCUGUGAUGAAGUUAUUUCAGGGAAGGGUUGAGGUCAUGGAUCUUAGAAGAAACCAUUUUGAAGGUCCCAUUUCUCAGGUACAUUCCAUCUCUAAUUACAAUUGGUCUCAUUUAGUUUAUCUGGAUUUGUCAGAGAAUCAGAUGCAUGGAGAGAUUUCCAAAAAUUUGAUUGAAUCCAAGAACCUAAAACACCUUAACCUUGCCAACAAUAGAUUUAGCAGACAGAAAUUCCCCAAGGUUGAAAUCAUAUCAGGAUUGGAAUAUCUGAACUUGUCCAAAACUAGUCUCAUUGGUUACAUUCCUGCUGAAAUCUCUCAACUUCGUAAUUUGAGUACACUUGAUAUUUCUAUGAAUCAUCUAACAGGGAAAAUCCCUUCACUAAACAACACAAACCUCCAAGUUCUUGACCUUUCAAACAACAAUCUGAGUGGAGAUAUCCCAUCAUCAAUCAUAGAGAAACUCCCUUUAAUGAAAAAGUACAACUUCUCUUAUAACAACUUAACCUUCUGUGCUUUGGAAAUCAAAUCAGCCAUCAUCCAAAGAGCAUUCUAUGGAUCAUUGAACAGUUGCCCCAUUGCUGCAAACCCAAGUUUUCUGAGAAAAAGAGCCACUGAAAAUAAGGGAAUGAAGCUAGCCCUAGCAUUGACCCUCUCAAUGAUCUUCUUGAUUGCUGGGCUUAUGCUUCUAGCUUUUGGUUGCCUUAAGAAAACAAAACCAUGGCCUGUGAAACAAACCUCGUACAAAGAAGAACAUCAUAACAUGUCUGGUCCCUUUUCAUUCCACACUGAUUCAACCACAUGGGUGGCUGAUGUGAAACAAGCAACAUCAGUCCCAGUAGUGAUCUUUGACAAGCCACUAUUAAACAUCACAUUUGCAGACCUUUUGGCUGCAACUUCAAAUUUUGAUAGAGGUACCCUUUUGGCUGAAGGGAAAUUUGGCCCUGUUUAUAGAGGAUUUCUACCAGGUGGUAUUCAUGUAGCAGUAAAAGUUCUGGUGGUUGGAUCCACUCUUACAGACAAAGAAGCUGCAAGAGAACUUGAGUAUCUUGGAAGAAUAAAGCAUCCCAAUCUUGUUCCUCUAACAGGAUAUUGUGUAGCUGGGGAUCAGAGGAUUGCUAUAUAUGACUACAUGGAGAAUGGAAACUUGCAAAAUUUGCUUUAUGAUUUGCCACUUGGUGUACUUCAAAGCACAGAUGAUUGGAGCACAGAUACAUGGGAAGAAGAUGUGAGUAAUGGGAUUCAAAACGCUGCAUCAGAAGGAGGCAUCACAACAUGGAGAUUUCGGCAUAAAAUCGCACUUGGCACUGCUCGAGCAUUGGCUUUUCUGCAUCAUGGAUGCUCCCCACCAAUCAUUCACAGAGAUGUUAAAGCUAGCAGUGUGUAUUUGGAUUACAACUUGGAGCCAAGACUCUCUGAUUUUGGGCUGGCUAAGAUUUUGGAUGAAGAGAGUGCACUUUGUUCACCUGGGUAUGUUCCACCAGAGUUUUCUCAACAAGAAUUCUGCACCUCAACUCCAAAAUCUGAUGUGUAUUGUUUCGGGGUUGUGCUGUUUGAGCUGCUAUCUGGGAAGAAACCAGUUGCAGAUGAUUAUGGUGAUGUAAAAGAAGCAACUUUGGUUAGCUGGGUGAGAGGGUUAGUGAGAGAGAACAAAGGUUCGAGAGCCAUUGAUCCGAAAAUUCGUUGCACUGGAGCAGAAGAACAAAUGGAAGAGGCCCUUAAGAUUGGUUAUCUCUGCACUGCUGAUCUUCCUUCCAAGCGACCAAGCAUGCAGCAGGUUGUUGGACUUCUUAAAGACAUCGAACCUUCUAAUUAGCAUGACAAUAAACAAAUGUUGUCGUUUUUCUUCUAGUUUUAUCACUUUGACUUUUGCUGCUGUAGGAGAGUUCCAUGAAGUAAAUGUAAAUCACUUCAAAUAUUCAAAAGUAUGUUCAUGUUUUACCACACUCUUAAUAUGGCAGUUAUGCAACGCGUUUAGUCAA